GCGCGGCGCGGCCCGGCCGGCCGACGGCGUCUCCAUCUCUGCGUUCGGUCUCUGGCCGGCUGUCUGUCUGUCAGUCCCGCCGCGCCGGGGCCGUCUAGGUGGAUCCGGGGCUCAGGCGGCGGCAGUCUAGACCCGGGCAAGCCAUGUGGAUGGGGCACUGGACCCAGAGUGCCUACCCUUACCUGCCUGGGCCUCAGUUUCCAAAUCUGUGCAAUGGGGGUGACCAUCCCUGCCCUGCUGGCCGCCAGGAGUGGCUGUGAGUCUGUGGGCGUGGCAGCGGCCUGCAGGAAGUCAUAGGGCCCUUUCACAGGCCCGGCCUUCACCAUGGCGGGAGGGAGACCUCAGCUGAAGAGGAGUUUCUCCAUCAUUCCCUGCUUUGUCUUUGUGGAGUCGGUGCUGCUGGGCAUCGUGGUCCUGCUUGCUUACCGCCUGGAGUUCACGGACACCUUCCCCGUGCACACCCAGGGCUUCUUCUGCUAUGACAGUACCUAUGCCAAGCCCUACCCAGGGCCUGAGGCUGCCAGCAGAGCACCCCCGGCCCUCAUCUACGCCCUGGUCACCGCUGGGCCCACCCUCACGAUCCUGCUUGGGGAGCUGGCACGUGCCUUUUUCCCUGCACCACCGUCAGCCAUCCCAGUCAUUGGGGAGAGAACCAUCGUGUCUGGGGCCUGCUGCCGCUUCAGCCCCCCGCUGCGGAGGCUGGUCCGCUUCCUGGGGGUCUACUCUUUCGGCCUCUUCACCACGACCAUCUUCGCCAACGCAGGGCAGGUGGUGACCGGCAACCCGACGCCGCACUUCCUGUCCGUGUGCCGCCCCAACUAUACGGCCCUGGGCUGCCCGCCACCCUCACCGGACCGGCCAGGGCCCAACCGUUUCGUCACUGACCAGGGUGCCUGUGCUGGCAGCCCCAGCCUUGUGGCCGCUGCGCGCCGCGCUUUCCCCUGCAAGGACGCUGCCCUUUGCGCCUACGCCGUCGCCUACACAGCGAUGUACGUGACGCUCGUGUUCCGCGUGAAGGGCUCCCGCCUGGUCAAACCCUCACUCUGCCUGGCCCUGCUGUGCCCCGCCUUCCUGGUGGGCGUGGUCCGCGUGGCUGAGUACCGCAACCACUGGUCUGACGUGCUGGCCGGCUUCCUGACAGGGGCGGCGAUCGCCACGUUUCUGGUCACCUGUGUCGUGCACAACUUCCAGAGCCGGCCACCCUCUGGCCGAAGGCUCUCCCCUUGGGAGGACCUGGGCCAAACCCCCACCAUGGACAGCCGCCUCGAAAAGUUAAGUGUGGCCCAGGAACCCGAGGCCUGCAGGCCGCAUUCGACACCGGCACGGCUCACCCCAUCCAAGCCGCAGAACUGCGCCCACCGUGGCCACCUGAUCCCCAGCUGCGUGUCCUCCAGGGCUCCAGCCAUGUGUUCAUCACCCCGUGUGCCCCGCCCUCGAUUGAGGUCUGAGCCAACACCCUUGCCUCUGCCCCUGCCCCUACCCGCACAAACCCCCAGCCAGGGCCCCUCGCCCUCCUCCCCUGGGCCUGGGGGGCCGGGUGGGGGUGGUGGCCGUGGCCGGAAGCUGCUGCUGCCCACACCCCUGCUGCGGGACCUGUACACCCUUAGUGGACUCUAUCCCUCCCCCUUCCACCGGGACAACUUCAGCCCUUACCUGUUUGCCAGCCGUGACCACCUGCUGUGAGGCCCAACACAUACCCAGAAUCUGCCCAGUCCCCAUUUCUUCCCUGCCACGCGUGUGUGUGCGUGUGCUGUGUGAGUGCCAAAGCCCUUGUCCCCAAACCAGCCAGGCCCAGACAUCAGAGCAUGGCUGGAAGGACAUCUAGGGGACCCCCUGCCUCUCUUGCCCUCUGGGACAUCUAAGUGGGCAUAAUUGGGAGAUGGGUCCUUGCCUCCUAGGAUUGCCCUUUUAAGGGCCAAAGCCUGACUCCACUGGCCAUUGCCUAGCCAAUGGGAGCCCCCCAGUUCUCAGAAUUCUGGCCAAAAGGAGUUUACUCCAGCCAAUAAGAGCCUCCCCAUCAUUUCUUAGAAUCCUCAGGCAAGAGGGCAACUCUAGCCAGUGUUCAGCGUCUGAACAAUGAAUAGGAGUCCUUGGUUCUCAGAAUUUCUAGGGUGGGUGGGUAUGAUUCCAGUCAAUGGGGGACCGCCCAUGUCUAAGCAUGUGCAAAGUAGAGGAGGGAGAUGGGGUCAUCUUUUGUCAUCGGGUCCUCUCUCCUCAGAAUCAGAGAGUCCAACUGGAGGGUGGGGGGCAGGCUCCCCCGUGGCAGGGUCCUUGGGGUACCCCUUCCUCUCUCAGCCCCUCCCUCAUAUGCAGUCUCUCACCCAGUCCCUCCUAACUCCCAACUUAUGCAGGGCUUGCCCCACUUCAGAGGUUUUGAGGUUCAGGGUGCUGCAUCCUUCCUUGCCUGUGCCCAGGUCACCCCAAACUCUUCUGUUAUUUAUUAGGGCUGUGGGGAAGGAGUUUUUUUUUUCUUAGAACCACCCCCCCGUUCUUCACACUGCCCCCCAUGCCUCAGCCUCGUACAGAUGUGCCGUCAUAGGGGCACAGGUGGAGCAAAGACGGCUCCCCGCCCCAAGCAGCCAAAGGCAGUGGGCAGGGGAGACACUGCCCCCUUUUCCUGCCCCCUCCUCAUCUUUAAUAAAGACCUGUUUGUAACAGAA